UGAUAUAGAUUAUCUAACAUAUCAGCCUGUAGCAUUAUUAAACUGAAGCCCAUUUAGCCAUUUUAUUUUUAUUUUUUUUAUUUGUUUCAUUGGUUUAUUAUACUGUGUGCAAGGAGUCGGUGUGUGUAUGUCUGUGUAUGUGUGUGUGUGUGUGUGUGAGUGUGCAGCUCUGUAGCCUACUUACGCAACAGAGCUUCACUCUGCAACGGGUUCGCGAGGCAAAGGACGAAAUUAAAGCAGGCAUUUUUUUUUUUUUUUUUUUGUAUUCCAUUUUUGUCUAAUCCCACUGAUUUCUGCAGGGAUUACCGGACCAAUCAUGAUGGAGAGAGGCCGAUGCUGGCUCGCCUGACACUGCCAGUACAGAGUAGACAGUGAGAGUGGAAGAGCAUCACAAGGAUCUGGAGAGAGACAUUGAGAGAUGAAAGUUGCUCCGCGUCUUCUCGUUUAUGUUGGCGACCGACCUGAGGAUGCACGCUGCAAUAAUCUGCACAAUAGGCGCAGGUUUUGGUAACUUGCAUUUGUGCAGUUGUUGCACCAGCAUUUAUGGCAACUUUCAACGCUGGAAUUAUGUUUUUAAAAGGACACCAUCUUCACUGAAUAUCCAGGAUCUAUCUGGACUUUUCUGUGCAUGACCGGCCAAUGGAGGAAGAGAAGGUGGUUGAUAACAUCCAAGCAAAACCCAGUUCCCCUUUACCUACUGGGAUUCCCAUUAAUUGGGGACUCAUCACUGGCCCUGUCCCUCAACCUGUGUUCCCAGCAUCCUCUUUGAUCACCCAACUUCCUCCUCCUCAGAGUUCGGCUGUGCACUCGCUACAGACUAAGGUGAAGUCACUCACACAGAGAAGGACAAGAGGGAGAGAUCGGGAGAAAGAAAGAGAGAGGUUGGACACAGAGGUGUUAGGGAGCAGUCCGGUUGGGCAGAUUGCAUCCGAAGUCCUUGUCAGACAGAGGCCCAGAGGAAAGGCUCAGGUACCUCUGCUUGCCCCCUCCUGGCGAUCAGGCGCUGCGAAGAACUCAAGCAGUAGUGAUGAAGAGGAGGAGGUAGAGGUGCAAGUCAGCUACGAGAUCCACAGCCCUCCGGCUGAAGCACGAGGUGAGCAGGUGCUCCAGGAGGGAGAGGAAACGGAAGAGGAGAGGUCAGAGAAAAAUGAGGACCAGGUCAGUUUUCUGAAAGGCCAGCUUUGUGGGCUUGUGGAGGGCACCAGUUUGGAGAGUCUUCUGUCUGAUAACUCAAGCAGCAGUAAGGAUGAGCCAGCCACUCCUCCUCCUCUACCUGUGCUCUCCUCCCUUCCUGCCGCCACCUCUGCUUCUACUACAUCUUCCACUUCUUCCUCCACAUCAACCAGACACUGGGCACCACCAAAGGGCUUCUGGAGAGUAGUACGCCCUGAAACAUUGCUUCUGAAUGGUGUCAGCUCUGACAACACACCUUUGAAGGACCAUAUUCAGACAGAAGCACCGGCAGAGCCUCAAAGGAAACCUAAACCAGAUGCAGGACCUGUGGUGGAUGACAGCGAGGCAUCCUUAGUAUUCAAACACUCAGACAGUGUGGAGUGCUACCUGGACAGAUGUGAGCAGAAGGAGUUAGAUGCUCGUGACAAAGGACUGUGCAGCUCAGACAGCUGGGAGAGCAUGUCUUCACAGAGUGGGAUACUCUCUGCUGAUGAGACAUUGAAGGUGAAGGUGAAGCAGAGAGCUUAUGCAAAGUUAAGGGGAAGGGAGGAGAGACGGCAGAGUGGAGGAGAAAGUGGAGACACAACAUACAGAGGGGACUGUAAAGGUGCCCAUGGGGUUUCGGACAGCUCUGACUCAGCCAUUCUCGCUCAGGAACUUGAACCCUAUCUGAGGUCCCUUCUUGUAAUCAGCGAUGAGCUUCCUAUGAGCCCAAGACAUGAGCAAGCCAAGCUUCUUCUGGAGCGAGCACGACUCAAGGCUCGCUCCAAUCACAUUAAAGGCGAUCGCCCCGACAGAAGCUCCCACUCUGAUCAGAGAUCCACAGUAAAGAAGCAGCCAGUUGAGUCUCCCAAUCCAACAUCAGUGCAGAAAGCUGUUCAAACCAAAGAAGAUCAGGCAGCUCAAACUGUAUCUGGUCCCCUCCUCGUCCCUAACCAAACAGACACUUCCCCCGGUGACCAAAGUGGUCGAUCCAGACGGUAUGGUUGUUCACCCACGCGGGUGCGCUUCGAGGACGAAUCAGAGAGAGAAGCAGAGUCUCGGUACUUGGAUAGAGUGCAGCGUAGCAGGUCUGGGGUGCCCAAGUCCAAGAGUAAAGAAAGCAAUACAGAUUCUAGCAGUAGUGGUUCAGAGAGGAGCAGAAGCCAUCGAAGUGUGUCUUCACAGAAGAAAGACGUUGAGGGUGUCAGUGGUGAACCCACAACAGUGAUUAAAGAGAUAAUAGUGCUGGUGAAGAAAUGUGAGUCAUGUGGCUCUGUAGUCAGGGAGCCUCAGCCAGCCUCAUCACCACCAGAGCCAAAGAACACUGAGCCACAGCAGCCUGAGGACCCGCGGGAAAAAGCGUCUCCUCGCUGGGUACCUCAUAACAAGCCAGAAGCAAGUACUCGUCCCAAAGCUCCUCUAACUGUCACUUUUGCCGGAGCUUUUGUGCUGGGGGAAAAUAAAGAGAGCAGCACAGGGUGGAAAGCAUCAGGGUUUGGGAAACUUCGGAGAAGGAGCAGGAAAGGAGAAAGUCGAGUAGAGUCUGGCCACGGCCCUUACGGUCCGUCUUGGGCUCAGCGGCGGAACUCAAAUCCCAGAAACAGGGUCAACUUGAGCAGAGAUGUUUCCUCUGCCCCAGAUAGCCCCGUCGCUCUGGAACCCGAUUUGCAGGAGGCAUCUGGUGGAUUAAGAGAAUCAUCUCCCCCAUCGUUGCCUAUAAAGUCAGCCCUGAAGUCAAGUUCAAGAAAUCGCUCUGCUGCAGGUCAGUCCACGGUUCAGUUCCAGAUUGGGGGAGGCGAGGGAGGAUCCUCGGCCCUCCUGGACUCUCCAGAGGCAAGAAGUGCAGUGGCUUUAACCCAGGGGACCUCUGCAACAAGCAUUCCAGUGCCCUGUAUCAGGCCAUCCACCCUGAGGUACUCCCCAGCCCGGCUCGGCACUGACCUACCAACUGCUGAAGUCUGGGAUGCCACUCCAGAUGGAGCAGCAGGUGUGAGUGACCCUGGUUCUGGUCCUGAGUGUCGUCCUGCUCACCGUGGUAUGAAUCGGGCUGAGGACCUCAGAGCGGAGCUGUUGAGAGCAGAGCAUCUGAAAGCUGAGGCCAUAUGGGAGGAAAACUCUGACGGUUCCAGAAACAAGGAUGGGCGGCCAAAGCUCUUCCUGCGUCGCUUCUUUUCCUCCAUUGGUCUGAACAGUGUUGGUAGACUAGUGAAAGGAGGCCGUUCCAGCAGCAUGGAACAGCUCAGUAUAACCACGGGCCCCCGGGUCACCUCUGCUUCCCCGAGCCCCACGCGCAGACCGCAGCCCUCCAUCCGCAUGCAGAGGACACCCUCACUGCAAACCCUGCACACGGUGCUGCCACUGGCCCAACUGCGCAAAGCCUCCUCUGUGCAGAGUUUAGAGAGAAGAACAGAGCGUUCAACAAUACUGGGAGAGGUGCACAUACCGUACGGCCUGGCACCCAGUUACAGCCCUGAUAGCCCUCAGCGGGAGCUUCACAGGGCCCUGAGUGUUGAAGAUGUAAUUACCUCUAGACUCGCACGUCCAGUGGGCCGGGUCACCCAUUCUUUCCCUGAUGGGUCCCUCCUCCUGGAGCUCGUCAGACCCCCAAACGGCCCCUUUGGUUUCGUCAUCUCAAGGGGCAAAGGUCGACCAGACACAGGUGUGUAUGUAGAGAAAGUGGGUGACGGCGGUGGCGAGGCCCCCUACAUAGGUCUCCUCGGCAUCGGAGAUGAAAUCCUGCAGGUGAACGGAGAAGCAGUAGCUGGACUCAGUCUGGACCAGGUGACGCGGCUCAUGACCCGGGAAAGCAAUGCUUCUCUUCGGAUCAUGCCGGCCCGACGCAACCAGCGCUGACUGGGAAGAUCUAUGGCAUGGCACAGAGCCAUUUUUCCUGCAGCCAUGGAUUAUAAUUCACCACUGCAAACACUGCUGAUGGACUAUAACCUAUGGUAGAUAGAGAUUACAGGGUUAGAGGUUCAUUUUCUAUUAGUGCAAACUAUUGUUCAACAAGAUGACACUGCAAUGGACUGCAUGGGAUUACAAUGACAAAUCAAUAAAAUAACCAAAUGACAGAUAAUACAACCAAAUAAAUCCAGUAGUAGAAAGGAUUACAGUAGAAGCUGGAUUACAAAGUAUAUAUUGUGAUACUAAUAAAAAGGUUAAGUCUAUAAAUACUGAUUCAAACCCAGCACAACUUGUUUCACUUUUAUGGUCAGAUUUAGUUGAAUAUAUAAGGACCAUUUCAUUCACAAAUUGUCUGAUUUUUUUUUAUUGAUUUUUUAAAUUUUAUUUACAAACUCUCUCCAAAAUAAAAAAAAAUGGGGUGACUGCAUUUAUUUUGACUUAAGUAUUUUUGACAAUCAAAAAUAACACUUUUCUCAUGUUCAAAUUGUGAUUUAUUUUGACACCCUGCAUAGUGAGUAGAACAUAUUUUGUCACGUUUAAAUAUUAAUCUUAUUGAUUAUUUCAGAUGAUUGACUUGGAUGUGCCACUAAUGUAAUCUUGGCCCCUGACACCCUCAAACUAAAGAGCUAUUUAUUUAAUAAAAAAAAACAAACGAUUGAUUGCAACUGCAUUACAAAUUAUGUCUAAACAUAAAAGCAAUUAAUUAUCUCUCUUCUUUUUUUUUUUUCUCAAUGGAUCAUACUGUAUUUCCUCAGGGCUCUGCAGGAUCCAUUCCUUCAUGUUACCUGUGGUGUAUCACAUAAUAUUGCUUCAGGAAAUUGAUACUUGUUUGCUUUUAAAUAAAACAUGUUUUAUUUUGUCAAA